CAGAACUUUAAACAUUUCUUCAGGAUGAACAGAAAUCCACAGGAGGAAAUGAAAUCAAGGAAGCAGCAGCUAACUAUGCUAAUGCGCCAGCAUGCACUGUGGAGAAAAUGGCAGCUCGUCCAGAGGUUUUGCUGCUUCUCUCAGUAUUUUCUACCGAUAGCAGUGUGUUGGCUGAUACUAUUAGUCAUCAUGGGCCUCCGUAUCUACUUUACCAAUUGCAACCUCAAUGACAAACUCAGCGUCUCAGGAAACCAGAUCACAGACCUGACUGCAGUAAACCAGGAACUGGAGACACGAAACCAGGAGCUGGAGACACGAAACCAGGAGCUGGAGACACGAAACCAGGAGCUGGAGACACGAAACCAGGAGCUGGAGACAGAGAGGAACAAUUUAAGAGGACCAAUACAAAACAUCAGUCGAACUCAGUGGAGCAUUGAUGAAUACUGCCCCAAAGUAAAUAACGAGAGACGGUGUCAACCUUGUCAGAAGGACUGGAGAGUCUUCAACGAGUCCAGCUGCUAUCUGAUUAAUGAUCCUCCUGAUCAGAAAACCUGGGAAGAAGCUCGAGAAGACUGCAGAGCACGGAGUUCAGAUUUGGUUGUUUUAGAUGAUGAAGUUGAACGGAAUGUACUCAGUCGUUACAGCUGGUAUGGUUAUGGAUACUGGUUUGGUCUGAGAUCUGAAGGAGGGAGAUGGAAGUGGAUUGAUGGAAGAGAUCUGACUGAAAGCUUCUGGAUACCAACACCACUACCACCUCCGGCUGACGGUCAGUGUGCAGUUCUUGUCCAGGACAUAUGGAGAUCAGAGAGCUCUGCUGACAGAAGGCCAUGGAUCUGCCAAAAGAAGGCUUUAUCUGUUUAAACACUGCAGUCAGACUUGAGAAGGUUACUGGAUACUCUGCAUGAUAAUAUCAACUGGCUUCAUAAAUAUCAAACCGUGAAGACUUCUAUUUCACAAUUUAAAUGUUUUGUUUUCAUUAAUAAACAUGUACAAGGGUUUUAUUUUUGUUAGAAGAGAAAAUAAAUAUUUCAAAUCUGUUUGUGUGUCUGAAAAGAAAAAACACUCAGAUGUAAUAUAUAGGUGAAUUAUAUAAUGGAUUCUAUUGGUAUGGCUACUGUCAAACUGAGAAAAAUACAAUGACUCACCUGAAGGGGGAAUGAACUCUGAAUGUGCUUUUGUUCUCCUUUGUUAGAGAUGUGAUGUUUAUAAUUUGUAUGUCAGCAGAUUGAUGAGAGGUACAGACAGACUGCUCAGCUUCCUGUUUCCUAUGUGACAGGUUAUAUUGUUGCUACUCAUGAGCCAACAUGGAGGCACAGCAUCACUUGUUUUUCACAAAAUGUCCCCAGAGCUCUUCUGUUUAGCAUUUGAUUUCAAUAAUAUUAAUAUGUAGAGUGUUUUCUAUUCAUCUG